AUGACGUCACUUCUCAUGACGGGAGGUUAUGACGACGUGAUCAAUUGUUGGGAUAUUUCCACUGGAGUUCCUCUUCGUCGGAUAACCUUUGAGCAAACGAUGAACAAAAUGGUGAUUAGUCCAGAUCGUUCAUAUUUAGCAGUUGCUUCGAAUCCACAAGUGAAGAUCUGGGAUUUGAACUCCAAAAUGGUAGCUCCCGUAAAGUCAUAUGAAGGGCACAAAGGGAAUGUGACUGGGAUAGGGAUAUCGCGAGAGGGGCAGUAUAUAUAUACAUGUAGUGAAGAUGGUACAGCGAAGACGUGGGAGCCUCGGACAUGUUCGACGUUUCGGGACAUUUCCUUUAUGUCGCCAUGUAAUUGUAUAGCCCUUCAUCCAAAUCAAGCGGAGAUAGUAGUAGGCUUACAAGACGGACGUGUAUGUUUUUGGGACACGAGAAAUUCGGUCAUCAAGAAAGAGAUUCCCGCUGUAGAGAAUCAGUCGAUUCAAUCAAUUGAUAUAACAGCAGACGGAACACAAAUUGCGGUGUUAGAAACACAUGGGAAGUGUCGGAUAUACACAACAAAUAUGACAAGUGAAGGGACUAUAGGCGACGUCAAAUUAAUCAACGAGUUUGUCGCACAUAAUAACUACUGCACUUGCUGUAAGUACUCGCCUAAUACGUUGAACUUGGCAACCGCUUCUGCAGACAGAACUAUUAAGAUCUGGAAAACUCGACAAAAUUAUAGUUUGGCAAAAACACUGAGCGGACAUAACGGGUGGGUCUGGGACGUUUGCUUCUCUAAUAACAGCGAAUAUAUCAUUUCAGCUUCAACAGAUACUACUGCUAAAUUGUGGGACUUAAAGUCGGGAGAACCAAUUCAGACUUACGCAGUACAUGAAAAAGGAGUCGUCUGCUUGGCACUGCACGAUAAAGUCGCUUAA